UCAUGCUGCUGCCAGGUCCAGGGUGUCUCAUGGGUCCCUGUACGGCCUCCCAUUGCUGCUGUCUCCAUCGCCACACUCUGCCAUGUGCCACUUUCAGGUCUCCUCACACUGCUGGUGGGUUCCAUUUUUUGUCAUAGGUGCUGGCAGAUUACGGGCCCUCCCAUUGCUGCUGCCAGGCCCGUAAUCUGCCAUGGGCCCCUGUACCGCCUCCUCAUGCUGCUGCCAGGCCCAGAAUCUGUCAUGGGUCCCUGUACGGCCUCCCAUUGCUGCUGUCUCCAUCGCCACACUCUGCCAUGUGCCACUUUCAGGUCUCCUCACACUGCUGGUGUGGUUCCAUUUUGU